AGCACCACCUUGGUUGAAGAGGUUUCCAUUAUAUACAGCGUUUCCAGUUUGGUUCAGCACCCUUGCUGAGUGAUGUUUCUUCAUUCCUUAACACAAGUAUCAACUCCCUGUGCCUCUGGGAAUAGGCUGGAGUUCAGAGAGGUGGGAGUAGGAGGUGACUGAGCUGAAGUAACAGUAUAAUGUUGCUAGGCAUUUCUGUAGUGCUUUGUCCCUACAAAAUGCUUUAUGUGUAUUAACUUCAACACAUCCCAGGAGGGAGUCAGCAUGAACACUUUGCUUUUACAGCUCAGGAACUGAAAUGCAGAAAGGUUGAAUACCUUGCUCAGGGUCAUCCAGCGAUUCAGAGAUCCUAGGCCUGUACUGGUGUCUGAGGAUAGGUAUCUUCUUGAACAGAGAGAUGUGGAAAUAAAUGUCCGGGAUAAAUGGGACAGUACCCCUUUGUGAGUGUUACAGCCUAGAGCUCCAGUGUGAGAUACUAUGCUUGUCUCUGUGGCCAUGAGGAGCUUGUACGCUAUCUUCUAGCCAGUGGUGCAAAAUGUGAAGCAAACACCUUUGAUGGGGAGCGUUGUUUGUAUGGGGCUUUGAGUGAUGCCAUCCGACGUGUGUUGAAGGAAUACAAGCAGAUCACAGCGAAGUGCAUGAAGAGAGAUUAUUACGAUGUCUUCUUGCAGCGGCUUCUGGAACAGGGUUACCAAAGCGACAUUGUCUUCAUUGUCCACGGGAAAUCCUUCUGUGCGCACCGCUGCAUCCUUAGUGCCCGCAGCGCGUACUUCGCGGAAAUGUUUGAGACCAAGUGGAAAGGGAAGAACAUGAUAGCAUUAAAGCACCCACUGAUCAACCCAGCAGCCUUUGGCUCCCUCUUGCAGUAUCUUUAUACAGGUCGUCUAGACAUUGAUGUAGAAUAUGUGAAUGAUUGUAAGAGAUUGGCCAAGCAGUGUCGGCUUCAGGAUCUCAUCGAGGAUUUGGAGACCAAGUGUAAAAAGGUCUAUGAAUUUGUCUCUUCCAAACCAGGGACCUGUGUGAAAGUGCUGACGAUUGAGCCCCCAGGUAACUGCCGGCUGCAGGAGGAUCUGGCUCUACUAGCAGACUGCGCCCUGCCGGCUGAACUGCGGGUGGGCUUUGGGGAGUUGCCGUUUGACAGCACUGACAACUUUAGCAGCUGCCCUGAUGUGUGUUUUCGAGUAGCAGAUUACAACUUUUUAUGCCAUAAGGCAUUUUUCUGUGGUCGCAGUGAUUAUUUCAAAGCCCUCCUUGAGGAUCAUUUUAGUGAGAGCGAGGAGCUGCAGACUCAGCCCACCAUCCCUGUGGUGACACUUCAUAACAUCUCAGAAGACAUCUUUAUCAGGGUCCUCUACUACAUCUACAGUGAUGACACAGAGCUGUCCCCUGAGAAUGCCUACGAUGUGCUGUGUGUAGCAGACAUGUACCUGUUGCCUGGGCUCAAACGUUUGUGUGGGAGAACCUUGGCUCAGAUACUGGAUGAGGACAAUGUUGUCAAUAUCUGGAGGAUUGCAAAGCUGUUCCAGCUGACCCGACUGGAGGACCAGUGCACAGAGUACAUGGCAAAGAUCAUUGAGAAGCUGGUGGAGUUGGAGGAGUUUGCAGCUGCAGUGAAGGAGAAUGCAGAGGCAGUGGAGGAACGGCAGGAGACCGAUUCUAUCCCUCUGGUAGAUGACAUCCGCUUCCACAUCACCAGCAACGUGCAGACUUACAGUGCCAUCGAGGAGGCCAAUCAGAAAUUAGAGGCACUGGAAAACCUCCUGGCCAGCAUAGGACUUGAGUGCUGAAGUCUGUAAACCCUGCUGUUGGAUGCGGAGAGCAGCCUGUGUCACCUCCAGAGGGUUGCAUGAGAGUCCAAGAAGAUCUAAGAGUCAAAUGAGUUUUCUUUUUUCCUCUUCUCCAUCCCACACCCCCUCCCCGCAUCUGUGGUUUGGUUUCCUUUUAAUUCAUUCAUGGCUGGACACCUGCAUGUUUAUUUUUUCCUUCCAUUAAUAGGAUCCCAAAGUGCAGCCCAGAUUGAUAGUGCUUGUACGAUACAGCGCUGGGAGGGAACUCACAACCAUGUGGCUAAUGGAGCUGUCUUAAGGAGCUCAGUGACAUCUGGCCCAUGGAGAUGAUUCACCCUCUUAGCCAGCAUUGCAUUUCUGCAUUUGCUCCACGCCAGGGUUUUUGUAUAGUUCUACAGGGGACAAGAAUGGAUUAUGCUGAGUGUAAAGGAAUCUAUUCAGAUCAAACUGGCUAAUCUUUCACUAUCCGUACUAUGAGGAGUUAGUGGAGAGGAUGGUACUUUAAUGGGACACAUGAUGUUGCUUAUAGGGGCACUAGCUGACCUCAACUGCUAUUCCACAAAUCAAUGGGCUCCUCCAAGUGUUGGCACCUGCAUUUACACCCUCAGGCUAGUAUGGACAUUUAGUUUUUAAGUCCCAAAUAUAGACCUGUAGAGAGCAGCAGGAGAGAGACCCAGUCUCCUAAAGAGCCAGUAACUCUUCAAAGGCACUGAUGUAGAGGUACUGCCCUUGCCUCACUCUAACGGGGAGGAGACUCCUUUCCUCUCACAGUUCCUCCUUAUUCUUUUUUUGGCCUGUUGCGAGGAGAGACUUAUCAAAGUUUUAAGGGUGGGUGACAAGGAAAAGAGCUUUAUAAGGUCUCUCUUCAUCUGUCCUGCUCUUUUGUCUUCUGCCUGUGCUCAGGCUUAAAAACCUUGUUUUCCCAGAAUGCUCAUUGUUCAUUCUUGCAAAUGUGUUUGGGGGGUUCUUCCUCUGCAGUAGAUAGUUAUCUUUUGAAAUCUGGUCUCCCUUGGCGAUUAGGGAGGGAAGGUGCUGCUUUAUUUUUCUCCUUUUCUCAAUAUCAGUCAGCAGGCCACAACUCUCUGAGCCCUACUUCCUUGCUGUUACAGCCCUUCCCUGUAAGCAAGCCAUCCUUUCUCAUUAGAUGUCCCUUUUAGUGUUGCACUGUUUCUAGAUACCCUCGGAAAUGGAAGUGUAGCAAGAGUUUUAUUUGUAGCUUUGGUUUCUGUGACUGUGUGAGUGGAAGUUGCAAUUUUAUGGGAAGUUAGGAUUAUGAAAUGACUUUAGGUUGGAGUCAGUGAUCCUGUGUGCUGAUGCUGAGUAAUAUUCCAAAGAGACAGUAUUGUCAGUGUACAGGACAAUUACAUCCUCUCUUUAUUAACUUAUGAGUAAGGUCAGGCUAUUUUAUUGAUGUUGGCUAGAGACAGGAAAGGCAUCUAUAGUCAUAAAAUUUUACCUGCUCAAGGAUGGACUAUGGUUACUAAACUUUCUGGAGUUGUCAUCUGAGUCCCAUGAAUUCAUUGUCGGGUUUUCCCAGAGAGCAAAGCAUGGAAGCUUAACUGCUCUUACCCUUUAGAGAGUCAUAGGAAGCGGGUGCUUAAUGGUGAGAGGCAUAGCACAAAGGAUGUUUUGUAAUGUUGGAACUGCAGCCAAGGACUUUGCCGUGCUUUGUGUUACUAAUUCUCCUCUGAAUUAUCUCCUCUGAAUUAUGUCCUAUGUGAAUCUUGAUUUGUCGGGAAGGAAGUGGAGUCUUUCUUCUGGACUGGGGGCCUAAGAGGGAGAAAAUUGGGCUGUAUUAGUUACAUGGGGAAUCCUAUAAAAAUGUUGGUGCUGUCAUCACCGUAGGAUGUUGCAAGUAACUGCAUGAUGCAGUGGUUUAAAACCACACCCCAGCGAUUUGUGCUUUCUUGUGUUGGCCCUGUGCAUUGUUCAUGCAGAUAGGUGAUCUGGGUCCCCAUCAGCUCCUCUGACCAUGCAUCUGGUAGCAUUUUUCAAACAUAUGCAAGGAAAGAGAUUUAAGUUUCCCUGAAUGGCAAGGACAGUGUUACAUGAGCUCUAUGCUGUCCUUUACCAUCUGCUAGCUUGACUUCUGACAUGGCUUGGACAGCUAGUGAAAUUGUAUUUGUUGGUCUUGGUUUAGUCAUGAUUAUGAAGUUGCUACAUAGUUUGGCUAAGACUGUGUUCCAAAAAGGCUGUGUUGGUAGAGCAGCAGGUAUUGCUUGCCAGGGUUGAGCUGUAUUGGUAGAGUAGUGCAUAGAACAGAUUAGCAGGUCAGGACUGAAAUGUGUUGUCAAAGCUGGGAGUUUUCAACUAUGUAUUGAAGAGGGUUCUCUUUAUCCAUAUUUAUGUGGUAUGUCCUGCAGACCAGGCAGCUUUGGGGAGAGUAUUUCUGGAAUGCCCUGAGCUAUUAGAGCAGUAUCUGCCUCUGUUUCUGUUAGAAAUUCCUUUGCGGGAAGCAGGUACGUUUUCUGGCUUGGUUUUUGCAAGUAGGUGCCAGUAUCUUGGUUCCAUAGUGUGCAUGCCUAGUCGUGUGUGAGAAUGGGGACAUGGGAAGAGAAACUGCAAGUUCUGCUCUGUAGAUGGGUGUAUUUCAGAACAUCAUAGGUCUGUGAACUUCAGUAUCCAGCUACAGAGCACAAGACUACCUUGGACUGGAGAACGGAAUGACAGAACAAUGAAGUUCUGAGAGCCAAAAGUAACCUGGGCUGUGAAGCAUGUCUCAAACCUAAGAUUUGGGGGGAAGGGAUGGUUAGAAGACCAGUACUAAAUCCUUGUAUUCUGUGUCAUGGGAAGAGGGUCAGUGUUUGUUCACCCUGUGAAGUGUAAGGCUCUUUAAAGGUCCUGCAAAACCUGUCAUUCAGAAACAUUUUAGCUAAACUGGUACCAUUUACCUUCAUACCUUCAUUUCUCUUCCCUUUAUUGCUAAAGAUGAUUUUGUAUAUAAGCAUGAUGCGCAGGUUCUUAUCACUGCUUCUCUGCUCCUGCUGUAUAACUUCCUCAGUCCCCUGCUUGCAACACAACCUUCCUUUCCACAGCAACCGUUGUCACAUCUCCCCCUCCCACCCAGAGGACUACAGGCCACACUAACUUAGAUGGAUUUAUACCAGCUAUAAAUUUGACUUUUGCCCUUUAAAGCAUGGUGUGUGUUGGAAGUGAGAUUCAAGAGCAGGACUGUUGAGAAAUUCACUACCUUUAUCCAUGCAGGUAUCUUCACUUCAAGUAAUGAGAAAUGGUGCAGAAAUGAACGAAAUGGUAGUCAGACAGUUUCUGACAUUCCCCCCCUGCCCACAUGGCUGUUACUAAUUAUGUCCAUUUAAGUGGAGAACUACUUAGUAGAUGAUCACUUUUGGGAUAAAAGAUCAAUGUGGCAUUUUUAUUUUCCUCCCCGGUAAUGCAGUUCUGUUAAAUGUGCUGGCUGACCUCAGAACUGAAUUCAGAACACCUUUUUCUAUCCAGCGGUACGUAGUGGUUCAAUCUCUGAACUAAACUGGAUUGUCCAGUUACUGAGUAUCUAGGUAUCCUUCAUCUCUCUGAAAAACAGAUGAGCGGGUAUUUAACAAACUCCUUAACUGAAAAAUAAACAAAGUGGUUUUGUAAUGUGUUGAACUCACUUCAGUGUGGCAAAUAACUUGCAAGAUUGGAAAAAUUAGGAUUUCUCUUCUGUCUGUCUUUUUUUGUGUUCUGCUGUCCCCAUCCUCUUAAUUUACUAUUAGCAAUUCGUUGAAGUAAGAAAACUGUACAGUUUUAUCAGAGCAGCAAUAUAAUACAAAUAUUUGAAAAUGUAAUGUGUGAGCAUGUGUGCAGCAAUAAAAAAAUAUAUAUUUCACUAUG